CGCCCAGACACGAGGACCAGCUGUUGAUUUCGCGGCAAAGUGGGCGUGGACAAACAACUUGGUUCGCCGCUCAGUUCAACUUUUGGCGUCUCUUGCAACCCAACAGCGACCUUACCACCAUUCUGCCGGCGUUGUACGUGUUUACUACUACCACCACCAUCACCACCAUCGUUACCGGUGCCGUUGUUUGAAAGUCGACACGCGAAGUUAUUCGAGGAGGAGCGAAAAGGGGGUGUGGGUGUUAUAAUAGGCGCUCCGGGCGGCCAUGGACAACUUUCAGAAGGUGGAGAAGAUCGGGGAGGGCACGUACGGCGUGGUGUACAAGGCGCGCAACAAGCUCACGGGCGAAGCGGUGGCCCUCAAGAAGAUUCGACUCGACACGGAGACUGAAGGCGUUCCAAGUACAGCCAUCCGAGAGAUAUCACUUUUGAGGGAACUCAACCACCCAAACAUUGUCAGGCUUCUGACCAUAAUACACAGCGAGAAGAAACUUUACUUGGUCUUUGAGUUGUUGGAUCAGGAUCUCAAAAAGUUUAUGGAUAAUGCUACGCCAUCAGGAAUCCCAUUGCCACUGGUGAAAAGCUACCUGUAUCAGCUGCUACAAGGAAUUGCUUUUUGCCAUUCCCAUCGCAUCCUACACCGUGAUCUCAAGCCACAGAACCUGCUUAUUAAUGCCGAAGGUGCCAUCAAGCUAGCAGACUUUGGGCUUGCAAGGGCUUUUGGUGUCCCACAGCGCACGUAUACACAUGAGGUGGUGACCCUUUGGUAUCGUGCACCAGAGAUUCUGCUAGGUUGCAAGCACUAUUCCACAUCCGUUGAUGUCUGGAGCAUUGGCUGCAUCUUUGCUGAAAUGCUGACAAGGCGGGCACUGUUCCCUGGAGACUCAGAAAUUGAUCAAUUGUUCCGAAUAUUCCGGACGCUGGGUACACCAGAUGAGGUUGUAUGGCCGGGCGUCUCACAACUGCCAGACUACAAGUCGACCUUUCCACGGUGGGCUAAUCAGGAGCUCACCAAGGUGGUGCCCACCCUUAACUUCGAAGGAAGGGACUUGCUUGCUCUGAUGUUGCAGUACGAUCCCAACCAAAGAGUCACUGCAAACAUGGCUCUCUCACACUGCUUCUUUCAAAAUGUGAAACAGAUUGUACCCCAACUGAGGUCGUGACUUAUCAACCGAAGCAUUCAAAGUCAAGAGUUUGUUCAUCAAUGGUGUUUAUGGGCAUUUGCCAUGAAAUACACCCCUUAAAGACUUGUACAUGGUUGUAUUUUAGCUUACUGCCGUUUGCCUGACAACAUUUGUUCUCUUCAGCGAGUUGCAGAGUGUGUAUAUGUAAUGAUGAUUCUACAUUCCAGAAUCCCAACCUUGGAAACAUAUUUUGUUGCUUUCAGUGUUGGAAAUUUGCAAACUGUUACAUGUUUUAAAAGUUUACGAAUUGUAAAAUAUUACUUAAUGCUGCAUUGCACAAAAACUACUGUUGAAAUCUUGUAAUGCAAUUUAUAAUAAAAAAAAGUUUUUUUCAGUUCAA